GUUUUAAAGUUAUUUACAUAAUUUCUUAUGAAAACCGUUUAUUGUCUAAAAAUAAAUGUUGAAAAUAUAUAUUAUGUAGCACAUAUUAAAGCCGCACUAGUGAUAAGUUGUUAAAAAAUAAAAGUGACGAUUAUUUAAAUUAUAGAAACGACGAAAACUGCUAUGGAAGUGUCUAAUGAGAUAAAGGAAGAUAUUCGCAAAACUCAGUCUGACUUGAAAAAUGCGAUACGCGUACAUCAGGUUUGGGUCACGCGUCUUCGGGAAGAUGAAAAUAACUUACAUCUGAAAUCAAAAGUCAAAGAAGCUGAAAAUGAAAUUAUUGCCAUUGGUCAAGCUCAAAAACUAGUGGUAGACAGAUUGAGGAGAGAAUUGGAACUUUAUCAGCAGCGUUUGAAAGCUCGUAACAAACAGACAAAUAUUGAAAAUGAUAAUCGCUACGUAGCCCAGCAACUCAGGGACCACCAGCUCCAGUAUCGCAGCAGACAUAGGACUGUGUCUUUACUCAAACCUUCAGUACUUAAUGAGAUUCAUAUUAAGUCAGAAAACUAUAAUGAUGUGAAAGAGAACAUAUCAGAUUCUGAGACUGAAAUUAAAUCCACAAAUGAGAAAGGGAACUCAAAUCAUAGUGAUGCAGAAGAGAAAGAUGAAUAUUUGAGAAAUUUUCAGCAGAUACCUAAGGUGCAUGACAGUAGAAAUAACUUUGUUAAUGCACUAAAUAAAGUCAAGGAGGCAUUUAUCAGCGGCAGCAACUCGCACUCGGCUCGCGGCUGGCACUCGGCGCCCGGGUCGGGGUCACCGCCGUCACCGCGGGGGUCACCACCAUCACCACCGUCACCACCGUCACCGCCGUCGCCGUCGCCGUCGCCGCCGCCGCUGCCUCGGCCCGGCGAGCCCGUGUCGCAGGAGCUUUUCCUGAGACUAAUUGGUUUGGUGACUCCAGCCCAGAGGGAGACACUUGAGAAGAAGAGAAGCGAGCGCCGGAAAAGGUCCACGACCAGCACCAACAGAGAUGAUUUUUUAUACGGAAACUACGACAUGUUGCCUAAACGCAAGAAACACAAUCAAUUCCCAUAUUUGCAAUCGCACAACGACCCUCCUCAAACACGCUCGGCAAAACUGCGAAAACAGCAGUUCCAGACUCAAAGCAAGGAAUCCCGCGAAGGAUCGCCAUCUGCUUCCUCAGCUGAAACGAAAGGCGACGGCGAGGGCGACGGCGGCAAGGUCUGCGCCGCGUGCGGCAGGAACGACGUGCCGUCGCUGCUGGUGCGGUGCGCGGCGCCGGCGUGCGGCGCGUGGCGGCACACGGGCUGCGGCGCGGCGGGGCGCUGCGCGUGCGGCGCCGCCCUGCCCGACCCCGCCGCCGCCCCCCACCCCCACCCCCCCCACCUGCUGUACCGAGACAAACUGGCCGAACGCAAGCGUCUGCAAGAGAGAAACAUCCAGCUGUGCGUGCAGCUGCGCAAGCUGGAGGCCCGCGCCGCCGCGCUCAAGCGGAGCCUCGACCACCACCACGCGGACAAGCGGCAGCUGCUCGCCGACCAGAUCAACACGCAGAGGCACCUGCACAAGCUGCUCGACUUCAUCGGCCACUUCAAGGACACCUCCGUCGUCCGCUCCGCCUCCGUCAGCGACUCGGGCAGCGAGGUCGGCAAAAGCAACGAGGAAUGA